GUCAUGUCUGGACGUGGUAAAGGUGGUAAAGGUCUUGGCAAAGGCGGCGCCAAGCGCCACCGCAAAGUCCUCCGGGACAACAUCCAGGGCAUCACCAAGCCCGCCAUCCGCCGCCUGGCCCGGCGCGGAGGAGUGAAGCGCAUCUCCGGCCUCAUCUACGAGGAGACCCGCGGUGUGCUGAAGGUGUUCCUGGAGAACGUGAUCCGCGACGCCGUCACCUACACGGAGCACGCCAAGCGCAAGACCGUCACCGCCAUGGACGUGGUCUACGCGCUCAAGCGCCAGGGCCGCACCCUCUAUGGCUUCGGCGGUUAAGUUACUACUAGCCUUUUCCUUCACUAUUGCAAAAGGCCCUUUUCAGGGCCACCCACAAAUUCGUUCAAGGAGUUGUUCACUGUUAGGUAACCUUUAAACUGGAGUUUAAGUGAAGUAGCUACGUUUGUCCUAUCCUACACUUAAUGUUGUGGUUACACGUUUAAAACUAAAAUAGGUUGUAAUUCUAGUUUUGCCAACGCAGCUUUGUUCCCGUCGCUCUAACUUGAUACUGUACAUACCCAUACUGUCCUGAACUGUCAGAAAUUGUGUUCAAUGCUGAACGAGCAGCCUUAUACUCCCAUAUCUCGAGGCUAGUUUUCCACUGCUAUCCUGUAAGUGACGUUAAAGUCAAUCCACUUCAUGCUACCGGUCAUUUAAGAGCUUAUUCCUUUCUCGAGCCAUCAAAAUGCAAGCUAAGGGGAGAGUAGAAACCAUUGUAUCUAAGCAAGGCAAGGGCUGAUAAAACAAACUGAAGACGUUUAGCUGUUCACUACGUACUAGUAAUAGGCCUAAGUACACAAAUAUUUUAUAUUAGGGACACCAUUAUUUAUGUCUAUAUACAAACUACAUAUAUGUGCGAUGGUUUGAUAAUUUAAAUUCGUGUUUGUGCCAUGUUUGCCAUUUGCCAGAAGAGGGCGCCGUUAUUUUCAGGAAGCUGGAGUUAGAGGCCAUUGUGAGCCAGCUGUUGUGUGUUCUGAUAUAAAAUCUUUAAGAGCAUCAAGUGUUCUUGACUAAACAAUCUCUCAAUCCACCCUGUUAAAAAGUGAUCUUUUGUCACUCCUCAUGCCAAUGCCUAAAAUAGAUUAAUGUGAAUUUAAUAUUUGUGGCACUCCAUAAAACUGGUAAAUCACAACUUUGAAAGUUGAGGGGUUUUU